GAGCGUUCGGCAAGUAUAGUAUUAAUAGCAUUGUUACAGAAUCGUGUCAAGAGUAAAGUCACCGACAUCAUGAGACACGAAGCACCAAUGCAGAUGGCGGCUGCUCAAGAUACAAAAUUUAGCCAGAAGGAGUCAUCUGAUCAGAACUUUGAUCACAUGUUCAAACUGUUAAUUAUUGGCAAUAGCAGCGUAGGAAAAACAUCGUUUCUUUUCCGUUAUGCUGACGACGCCUUUACUUCUGCGUUUGUAAGCACCGUCGGCAUCGAUUUCAAAGUCAAAACUGUCUACAAGAACGAUAAAAGAAUCAAACUACAAAUAUGGGACACAGCAGGUCAAGAGAGGUACCGAACAAUUACAACAGCAUACUACCGGGGCGCAAUGGGAUUUCUUUUAAUGUACGACAUAACCAAUGAAGAGUCCUUCAAUGCUGUGCAGGACUGGUCAACCCAGAUCAAAACCUAUUCGUGGGACAAUGCACAGGUGAUACUGGCUGGUAACAAAUGUGACAUGGAAGAUGAAAGAGUAAUCUCCGCUGAGAGGGGCAAGCAGUUAGCAGAACAGCUUGGAUUUGAAUUCUUUGAAACUAGCGCAAAGGACAACAUAAACGUUAAACAGACAUUUGAGCAGCUUGUGGACAUCAUCUGUGACAGGAUGUCAGAGAGUUUAGAAACCAACCCUGCUGCCACCGCUGGGAAACUGAACACAAAGCUAACAGAAAACCCUCCUCCGCUACAAGAACCCAACUGUGGCUGUUAAUAACUGCGAGCAUCUCAGAGGCAGUCGUAAUGUGUGUCGUGGCCAAGGUAUGAAAACCCUUAGAUUUUAGUCUUUAAAAUGUUCACUUAUCCAUAUCUUAAUAAAUGAUAAAGAAUAAAAAAGUUGCAUUUUUGCUGUUAUGUACGCAGUGCUGUUCUCUGGAAAUGUCUUGUUUUAGUGCACUUAGUGGAGCAGUCAACAAAACUACACAAGGUGAUUGUACAUACACUAAGAAGUACUUGUCAGUGGUAAUAUGUCGAUUUACAUAUAACAAAAUCAUAUAUUUGUUUAUUGUUUUGACUAUGACAUCAGUAAAUUGGUAGACUACCAAAUUAUGUACCAGUUGGUGAUGUUUGUCACUUACAGGCACUGGUAAGUUUCAAAGCAAAUCCAAUAUAGAUAAGUUUAAUACAUUUAGCUUACUCCAUUAACAUUCAUGAAAUACUGUAGUUUUCACAAAAAAUAAUGGCCAAAUAAGUAACAAACCCAUAAAGGGCGAGUGGCUGUUUAAAGCUAUCCACAUGAGUGAACUAAACACAGCGCUCCAUGUAUGUAUUCUCUUUAUAUAUCAAUAUAUGGGACAGAUAUUUUUUAAGCCUACAUUAAACAGCUCAUUUUUAAAAACUACUUUCCUUAUGUAAAGCCACAUACUCUCAGUGAUGUUUGGACUUGUGCCAUUUUGUCGUAGGAUAUGAAAGCAUGCAAGAUAGAUUCCAAAUGAGAACCGAAAAAGGUUGUUCACUCUGUAGCGCUAAAUGUGAAAAAGUUCUAUAAAGCUAGAUUUUGAACCGCUUGUAUUAACACAUGUGCACACACUUUCUUAUAUACAGUGCAUAUAUAAGUGCAGUGCAGACUUCUGGCAAACAGUCAAAUCUGGUGUUAACCUCAAUUUCCAAGUGUAUUGAGUAAAACAAAAGCAGACCCUAGGGUUCUAUUUAACAAAACAAAUGCAGAGGGAAACACACUUUUCUAAAAGGAAUAAAACAAUUUUAACUGAUUAAAACUAACAUUUUUAGCAUGUUUCUUGCUAGUUUUAUAUCUUUCAGAUAGGGUUAUUACAGGCAAUUAGGCCUUGGGUUUGCUUGUCAAACAGGGCUCCUAGUUAAUACAUGUUAGUAUGCUUUCUGAAUUGGAACAACCUUGUUGGUCUACAGUGUAUUUAUUUUGUGAUUCAGAUCAAGCAUGAUAAUGAACUCAAGAAGCAUGCUCACAUCUCCCAAUACAGUAGAUGCCAAAUAAUGAAAUCCCUCCCUGGGUGAAAGAUGUCUGUAAAUUCACAUAUACAAACUAUAACUGUUUGUUUAUUUGCAGUAGCUGUACCUAGUUUACCAGAAAAACCUGAAUGAAUUUAGCAUCACUGUUCUUUUACAUUUUAAAGUGCACAGGCAAUUAUCAACAUUGACAAAAAAUGCAGUGUGGGACUAUUUUCUGGCAACCGAAUGAUGUAUGUAUAUAUUCUGCUGGAACUUUUCUGAUCAUCUGCUUUAGGCUCUGUUGCAAGACUUUUUGAUUAUGCACUGCAGUAUUCCAAGCUUGAUUUACUGAGGUCAUCUCUCUACAUGACAACAAUAUAUUGUUUUUCACUUUCUAUUUUUUAUUUUUUUAUUUUUUUAAACGCUUAAUGUGGCUUGUUUGUUUACUGCAGUACCCUGUGUAUGAGUUUAUGUACUGUAUGUAUCCGACCUUUGUUAAUGUGAUUGGUACCUGGGCUCAAACACUGCUGAGUCCUCAACUACUGUUCUGUUUGGCUGUGUUAUACCUCAGUGCACUGCAAAAUACAAACUACCUGAAAAAUGUGUGGCCUUUUAACAGCCUUAGUGUAUUAAAUAGUAUUCACAGUCUCUACAUUUCUGCAGUUUGUUUUAUUUUUUAUUAUUAUUCAUUUACACUACAGCUUUCUAAAAAAGACACUAGGUCACCUUUUUAAUUUUUUUUAUAGAAGAUGACCUUCUGGGAUACAGAAAAAGACUAUUGUUAAGCAUUCAUACAGCCAUACUUUAGCUUAAAAUAUAUGUAAAAUAUUUUCUAAAAACCCCACUAUUUUAAAUCUCUACUUUUAUUUGAUAUUAUGCAUUUGCCAGUAUAUUGGUGAAACCCAAAUAUGGGCCUAAAGUCUCAAAGUUUGUAAUGGGUUUCCUUUUUUUAAUAGUACGAACUAAUGCAAUAUACUUUGCUCAUUUUUUGCUUUACAUUUCUCUUUUACUGCCUGUCUGUUGUCUGCUGAGUAUUUAUUUUGAGUGCAUUUCUCUUCAUAGAUUUCUUAGCAUUAGACCCACACUCUGAAAGUAAUAGUGAUGCAUUUCAAGAACAACUACUGAAAACACCUUGGUUUGUCUUUUUUUUUUUUUUGCCAUCACAAUGCUGUCAGACUUUAUAGCCUGUAAAACCCAAAUUCAUUUCUGUGCAAUCCUGUUAAUAUACUUCCGUUUUUCUACUCUCAACAAACGUGUUUGCUGAAAAGAUUAGUAAACACAUGUACCAACCUUAAUACAGACAUGACCAUGCAGAUUCAUUAGCUUUCUAAAAAAUAUAUGAUUCUAUUUCCCGUAGUUUUCAUUCACAAUUUUAGUUAGUUUUUAAUUAAAUGAGCAGCUGAAAAAAAAAAAAAACUGUUUAAUGGUACACACAUUUUAGAAAUAAAUUCCAAUUUUAAGAAUGUUAACGUAAAUGGUUUUACUGGCAGACAGUCUGUUGUGUUUGCGUGAAAUGAAACUGUGAGAAUGGGCAUAAGUUUUGAGUGUAUUGUCUUAAAUGUUGCAUGAAAUAGUAAAUAAGAAUAAAUGACUUUUUUAUAGUUUGUGCAACCUCAGUUCUGAGGAGCAAUGGGCCAAGACGUGCAAUAUAUAAUGAGCUGUUCCCUGUGUAUAAUCUGGUGUAACCAUGUAUAUCUGCUGUAAUUGUGUGAUAUUGUGAGUGCCAGUGUGAAAAAAUAAUUAGAGUUUGGUUUAGUUUGUUGUAUAAUAUUGUACCGUGAAACAACGCAUUGCAGGCUUGUAAACUUGACAGCCUGGUGCUAAAAAUAGCAGCAUCAGGGUUUUUUUUUUGUGUUUUUUUUUUAAUUAUAUGCUUGUGACUUCUCAUUAGUUUCUGUGCAGUCAAGUUUGCAGCCCUACAAUCAAUAUUAUGUAUUGUGGGUGAAAUAAAAUGUGUGCUUCUACACAAACUAUUUCAAAAUAAUUCAGUUACUGGCAUUGCCAGUGUUGUACUUUGAUGUAUGCCGCUGUAAUAGAAGUGAAUACUGUAGUACGAUAGUAUACUCUUCAGGAUAAUAAAUUAGUCCUUUUUAAAAAUGAUCAUUUGAAUAAAUCUUUACAAAUGCAUCUGUGAAUUAGUGUUAGUAUUUGUGUUUUGAACUGUAGAAUCUCACCUGGAAGGUCACUUCAGCAGCGUUACUGCAAGUCAAAAUACACAUUAAGUGGACAAUGCAAAGAGUAAUCAGAUAUUAUAGUGAGUUUUAAAUGUAGGUUCAUACCUCUGCAUGUUUGAAGCAUAACUGCAUAUAUGCCUUUGAUUUCCUUUAAUGGUAACAUUAAGUGAAAACACUGCAACACGUUCGGCUAGAUUCUCAGUGAGAAUCUGAUCCUGAAUCAACCCAGUGAAACGCUACCUAUUUGCAGAUGUUAAAGUUAACUGCCAGCUUCCACUGGCUUGCUUUUAAAAAGCAUCUUUGGGCACCUAAAUAAGUGAAAUGUCUUUAAAACACAAAACAAAUCUACUUACUGUGUGAUGUCAUUGUUAUCCUUCCAUCAUUGCCUCUCUCCAGAGAUUUCCAAGAAAUAAGCUUACAGCUGAUUUUAAGUCAAGUUGUAUCCUUGACUUCUAUUCUUCUUCUUUUUAAGGCACAAUGAAGCACGUACAUAGAUAGUAGUGCCGACUGGGGAACACCUAUCAAUACCUUAUCAACAGCUGCAAUGAGCACUAAGUGAUGUUCAUGUCCCUUUUAUAUUUUUACAAUAUUAUUUGUAAAUGCUAUUUUGAAUAUUAGAUGUAGCUAAACUGGUUAAACUUAUUAUUAUUAU